AGACGAUAAACGCUACUACUAGGGUAACUAGAAAGCAAAAGGCCACGCGCCGUAUUGGCGCGUUCAAGUAAAAUAGAGUUUAGCUCUGACGAAAAGCGAUCGAUAGAUCCUGGUCUUCACUGGCACGUGCGCCGCCCUCAACAACUUCGAUCAUUUGUAUUGUAUCUUCAUCUCCAUUCUCCGCACCUUCCUCUUCUCUCCUUAUCCUCACAUGCUUUCCAAGGUUGGACUUGGUCUCCAAAUAAAUUGAAUUCUAUCAAAUCCAAAUCCCCGUUUCCUCCUUUGUUGAUGCACUAUUCAAUCUCAGCCUUCCGUUUUUUGGAUAGGACCAGUAAGCAGUAGCCAAAUAUAGAUAGGGAAGUGGCGGAGGGAGUUUGGUGGGGUUAAUUAGGAGAGAGUUUGUUUGAGUGGUGUGUAAGUUUUUAUUUAUUUAAUAUAAAUAAAUAAAUAUGGCUGAUUUGGUUGAAGAGGAACAACAACAAGUUAUUGGAAUUAACGAAGAGGGACAGAAUAAGGUGGUAACUGAGUCUGAGGAGAACAACAAACGCUUACAUUUAGAGGGUCAGGGAGAAAAAGACAUGCCUCCUGCUUCGGGUAAUUCCAUUCAUAGAUCAAGUUCAAGGCCUCAACUUGAUGUUAGCAAAGCUGAAAUUCAAUCAAAUGUGGAGGAUAAGUAUCCCACCAUUUUGUUGCCUAAUCAAUCUGAUGAUUUGUCUCACCUUGCUCUUGAUAUUGGAGGAUCUCUGAUAAAGUUGGUAUACUUUUCAAGACACGAAGGCCACUCAGAUGAUGAUAAAAGGAAGAAAAGUUUGAAGGAGCGGUUAGGGCUUUCUAAUGGUAACAGGAGAAGCUUUCCUAUUCUCGGUGGAAGGCUUCACUUUGUGAAGUUUGAAACAGGAAAGAUCAAUGAAUGCUUAGAUUUCAUUCAUUCAAAGCAGCUUCACUGUGGUGGGUUGGAGUCACGUUACUCUGAUGCUGCGGCUGAUCAAAAUGCCAUAAUUAAGGCUACUGGAGGUGGAGCAUACAAGUAUACUGACCUUUUCAAAGAAAGACUUGGGGUUAGUCUUGACAAAGAAGAUGAAAUGGAUUGUCUUGUGGCCGGAGCAAAUUUCUUGCUUAAGGCAAUUCGUCAUGAAGCUUUCACACACAUGGAGGGCCAGAAAGAGUUUGUUCAAAUUGACCAUAAUGAUAUGUUCCCUUAUCUUCUAGUUAAUGUUGGAUCAGGCGUUAGUAUGAUCAAGGUUGAUGGGGAUGGGAAGUUUGAGAGGGUUAGUGGGACAAAUGUUGGUGGUGGUACUUAUUGGGGCCUGGGAAGACUGUUAACAAAGUGCAAAAGCUUUGAUGAGUUGCUUGAGCUGAGCCAGAAAGGAGAUAACAGAACUAUUGACAUGCUUGUUGGGGACAUUUAUGGUGGUUUGGAUUAUUCUAAGAUUGGCCUGUCGGCUUCCACUAUUGCUUCAAGUUUUGGAAAAACAAUAUCCGAAACAAAGGAGCUUGAAAACUACAGACCUGAAGACAUAUCACUCUCUCUUCUACGGAUGAUUUCAUACAAUAUUGGCCAGAUAGCUUACUUGAAUGCAUUACGAUUUCGGUUGAAGAGAAUAUUUUUUGGAGGAUUUUUUAUCAGGGGUCAUGCUUAUACCAUGGACACUAUUUCUUUUGCCGUUCAAUUCUGGUCUAAUGGGGAUGCACAAGCAAUGUUUUUGCGACAUGAAGGCUUUCUUGGAGCUUUAGGUGCAUUUAUGAGUUAUGAAAAGCAUGGUUUAGAUGACCUCAUGGUGCAUCAGUUAGUUGAAAGGUUUCCAAUGGGUGCUCCGUAUACUGGAGGCAAGAUUCAUGGCCCGCCACUUGGAGAUCUGAAUGAGAAGAUUUCGUGGAUGGAGAAAUUCUUGCAAAAGGGAACUGAAAUUACUGCGCCUGUUCCAAUGACUCCUGUUGCUGGUACUACUGGACUUGGGGGUUUUGAAGUUCCUUUGUCAAAAGGAAGUGCUCUGCGAUCUGAUGCAAGUGCUCUAAAUGUUGGUGUUCUCCAUCUAGUGCCAACUUUGGAAGUGUUUCCGUUGUUAGCUGACCCAAAAUUAUAUGAGCCCAAUACAAUUGAUCUUGCAGAUCCCAGUGAAUUAGAAUAUUGGCUCACUAUUUUGUCGGAGCACUUGCCGGAUCUUGUGGACAAGGCUGUUGCUAGUGAAGGUGGAACUGAUGAUGCCAAAAGAAGGGGUGAUGCUUUUGCUCGUGCAUUUUCUGCCCACUUGUCAAGGUUAAUGGAGGAGCCUUCUGCAUACGGGAAGUUAGGUUUGGCCAAUCUAUUGGAAAUGAGGGAAGAGUGCUUGAGGGAAUUCCAGUUUGUUGAUGCCUACAGAAGUAUAAAGCAGAGGGAAAAUGAGGCAUCACUUGCUGUUUUGCCUGACUUGUUUGUGGAACUUGAUAGCAUGGAUGAGGAAACGAGGCUGCUUACUCUCAUUGAAGGUGUUCUUGCUGCAAACAUUUUUGACUGGGGAUCUCGUGCAUGUGUGGAUCUCUAUCAUAAAGGAACAAUUAUUGAAAUUUACAGAAUGAGUCGCAAUAAAAUGCGCAGACCUUGGCGGGUGGAUGAUUUUGAUGUCUUCAAAGAAAGAAUGUUAAGGACCGGAGACAAGAAAAGGCCCCCUCAUAGAAGAGCUUUGCUUUUUGUUGAUAAUUCAGGUGCUGACAUUGUUCUAGGGAUGCUUCCACUGGCAAGGGAGCUCCUCCGUCGUGGAACUGAAGUAGUUCUGGUUGCAAACUCGCUUCCUGCUUUAAAUGAUGUGACAGCAAUGGAGCUUCCUGAUAUUGUAGCUGAGGCUGCCAAGCAUUGUGACAUUCUAAGGCGAGCUGCUGAAGCUGGAGGCUUGCUUGUUGAUGCAAUGAUUAAUACAGACAGCUCUAAAGAAAAUUCAUCUUCGGUUCCCUUGAUGGUUGUUGAAAAUGGGUGUGGUAGCCCAUGUAUAGACUUAAGACAAGUCAGCUCUGAGUUGGCUGCUGCUGCAAAAGAUGCCGAUUUGAUAAUUUUGGAAGGGAUGGGUAGAGCUCUGCAUACUAACCUCUAUGCUCAAUUUAAAUGCGAUGCUUUGAAGCUUGCAAUGGUGAAAAAUCAAAGAUUGGCUGAAAAAUUGAUUAAAGGGAACAUAUAUGACUGUAUUUGCAAAUACCAGCCUGCUAGUUGAAAGCAUAAACGAGCUGAUUGUGUAAUUUAAGCUUCUAGGAGAAGGAACAUAUGUUCAAGUAAUCUUACAUAUGCAUCUUGUUUUUGUACAGUUUCACUGUCACGUUUUGUUUUAGUUUAGAAAUUUUCGACUGGUUGCCUGGAUGGAAUGUCUGGGGGAAUAGUUGUUAUAAUGUAGCAUUUUAACCCUAGCUCCAUUCAACUAUGUUGUCCAUAAUAAUUUUAUGGAUGGUUGAAACAGUAAUUUCUUUUUUAUUAUUUAUUUAUGAAAUCACUUAUGGGACUUCAAAA